AUUUAUAUAUUAAAACUUUACAUAUAUUAGGACGAAAAACAGGUUUUUAUAAACAUAUAUAAAAUUCAUUGUCAAUGUAUUCUGGAUUCCGCUUUAGGACAUAAUUACUCUCAGAUGAGACAUUAUAUAAUCCAUUUUUGGCAACAGUUGCCAAAUCACGUGCAAAUUGAUUUGGAUUCGCUUAAAGCACUUGAUCUCAAUCUUUACUCAACACUCGAAGAUAUUUAUCUUAGACUCGACGCAAGUCUGGAUCAAUUGAGGCACUUGUAUGCCAUCGCAUCACUAAAUCCUUUAUGGCUUAAGAAAGCACUGGAAAACUAUAACAAUGAAUCCGUUUGUCGACUAAAGUUAGAGCAAUCAUUCAAAUGGAAAUAUAGAGUCAAAUCUAUGUUUCAAUUCAUUCAUUUGGCAAAAGCUUUAGAUUUAGCACAACUCCAUAGUUCAGUAGAUUUAUUACGACAACUUGAUUACCGGGACUUAAUGCUAGUUAAUACCAAUACACAGCAAUUGUUUAUCUUAUUAUUGGAUAGUAUAUGCAGAAAGAGUGCCACAAUCGACAACUUAAUUGAAUCAAUUGAUGAUAUGAUAAGACAAAGUUUUGGACAAAUAUUUAUCAAAGAUUUAGCCAUUCAAAUGUCUCAAAUCCAUUGCCACGCAAUCAAACAUUUAACUCAAAUGCAUUCACAAAAAUUUGCUUCAUGUCAUCUAUUCAUGAUAUUUCUCACAGAUUAUUUGCUUGAAAUUUGUCAAAAGUGA